AUGGCGUCGCGCGACACGGCGGGGAGCGUUCGACCACGAUCUCGCCGUUCAAUCGCCUUCUUGCCAAAGAGCAGCGCGGCGCUGGACAAAGAGAAUGCGACUACAGAUAUCGACGCUAUCAAAGAUGCAUCAGCUACCGGCAGAGCGCUAACAAGAGACAAAAAAUCGCGUAGCAAGAGUUUAGGUCCAGGUGGUUUGGAUGCGUUGCAAGUCUCCAAUGGCAACCGGCGAAAGUCGUCAAUGGUCAUUCCUCCUCUCAAGUCGAUCCUGAAGCCGACAGUACCGGUUUCACCACCCCGUCAGAUCCCAGCAUUCGAUCAAGCACGCAAACGAAAUUCGAGUCGUAGUCCGUCACCAAGGAAAUCGCGAAACACACCGAGAUCGCCUCAGGCCGAAGAAGGUCUACUUAUUGAUUUUUCGACUCCCGCCCAGGCCCCCGUCACAGGAACGGAGCAAUUAGACAACCCUUUCGAUGGCUUCAAUGCUUCGUCGGCGAUCCGUGAUGCGAAAGAACGCGAGGAAAAAGAACGGAGGGAGCGCGAAAGAAAGGCCAUCCUUGAACAGAGAGAUGCGCGGCGAAAAUCUAUGGCCAACCGCCGAGUUUCAUUUGCCCCAGAAGCAACACUUCACACAUGGAACGUCGUCGAGUUGGGUGAGGAUUCAACAGCGUCUUCUUCAGCAAACUCAACGAGGCGCGCAUCAUCACUGGCGAAUUCCACCAACAAAGCGCAUUCAGAUACUCCUGAAGCCCCAGCAGAACACGACACCGAGGAAGAUCCGGAUGCGGCAUUUUCUCCAAUAAAGCCUACUUUCUCAGAGCCCCAAAGAGAGUUUUCGUCAAGCCCCUUUAGUGGAAGCUCUGUAGGAGGCAGCGAUGGAACACAAAGCCCAAUCAAAGACGUCGACGAUGUAGAAUCGGACAGUGACAAUGAUUUCGAUGGGGAAAGCACGGCAAUGAGUCUGGACGAUGUUACUGCCAACACAAACGGGACCGUUCGAACCGUCGAUUCUGACACAAGUUCGAGUGCAAGAUUGAACGAGGCUUUGCGACAAGCGGCUCAGGAGGCUGGCACUAGAAACAUCGAUUUCAACGAGAAGGGUGAUACGUCAGCCGGAAAUCAAGAGAUCGCGGGUGCUUUCAAGCCAUGGAUCCAGAAGGGACAGAGAAUUAGUUUUGACAUGGAAGACAUGAGUGGUCUACAAGACCAAGAAAACAUCAACCCCCUCCGGAACGACAAUGCCCAGUCUCGUGACGAUGAGGACUACCAAUAUUCUGAUAUUGAGAAUGAAGAUCUUAGUAUGGAAAUCACCGGCGCUGUGGGAAAGAUCCUCGGACGCGUUCCUAAUAGCCAGAACCUGAACCGUCGAAAAUCAAUAGCAGAGCAGACCAACUACGACGAACAAACCAUGGAGUUGACUAACGUUGUUGGUGGAAUUGAAGCAACCCCGUCACCUGCGAAGUCCGAUGCUGAAAGUAACAUAAACGAUGAUGAAGAAAUGACCAUGGAGUUCACAUCUGUCGUCGGUGGUGUGCUGAACAAGAAUACACAGCAGAGCCGAGAUUUCUUCAGUGAAACUCCCCAGCGCGAUGACCAAACUGGUCGGGACUUUUCCGAAUGGGGUGAUGGCGAUGAAGACGACGAUGCUGCCAUGGAAUUCACUGGAGCUGUUGGCCGCAUCCUCUCCCCAAUCGAGGAGAGAACCGAAUCCCACGACGGAAACACUGCCGGCAUGGACAUUACGACGGCAAUGGGCAGAAUUUUGCCGCCGGGAUUGGAUACAAACUCUAAAGAGCAGGCCAAGCAGCUCAUGGAACUGGAGUCUGAUGCUGGUCAAUUGGUCAGCUCUCCUUUCCAGCACCAAGUGCAAUCUCCUCCGAUAUCCCUAAUCCCUCCACACAUCACUGUUGCAUCAGAGACUGGAAGCCCUAGCUUUUCCAGUACCCGAUCCCGACGAACAAGAAGGGAAUCUACAUCCUCUGUCACCCGUCUUUCGCCUUCAAAACAGACAACUCCAAAUAAACCUCGCACUCCAUCGAAGCAACUUACACCACAGCCUGAUCGACCAACCACCCCUGGAAAAACCCCACCUUCGAGUAACAUCACGUUUCGAAGCGCGUCGCCAAAGAAGCUCUUCCGCGAGGAGAUUCGAGCAUCAGCUAUCAAGCAUCGCUCGCCAGGACGGAGUAGUCUGUUUGAGAAUAGUGCGGGUGGAGAAUCAACGCCAGCAUUUAUCCUCCGCCCCCAUCCGAGGUACUCAUCUGGCCUUGGAGUCGACAGAGAAGGGUUGGGAUCGCCAAAGGUUGCUGAGAUUCUUGAUCGUCGACGCUCUAUAGGCGAGGAUGCUGAAGAAUUCGUUCCUCAAGAGCAGUCGCCUAGACGACUUCGUUUUGAAGACCCUGUCAGGAUCCACGAGGAAGUUGAUCGUGAACGAGAGGAGGAAGAGCACCGAGAGGAAGCCCAUGUUCAGCCUCUCCAGGCCAGCGAACUGGACACCACAUCUAGUUUGAGAGAUCUCAUCUCUAGCUUGACCCCUAAAAAGCGCAAAGUAGGAGUUCGCAAAAGUCUGCAUGUAGGCGCGGCCAAGGGGAUUCUUGGGAAGCGCCCAGCCGAGCUUGAUGACGAUGAGGAAGAUACCCCUAAGAGGAUUCGUGCUGCUGCUGCAAGCCCUGUUAAACCUGUCAAGCUCCCUGCCCCUCCGUCAAAAGACGAGACUGUGGGACGUUCGAGUCGUAUUUCCACUGGAAGACUAUUUGACCUUUCACCAGAGAGGCACGGUAGUUUCACGCCUCGCGGCAAACCGCCAGUCAUGUCGAAGAGCCCUACUAAAUUGAAAAGCCCUUCUAAGAGCGUCCAAUUUAUGCAUGAGUCUCCUGUAGGGGAACAAACAAAUGAUGAAGACGCGACAGAAGACGACUUGGACUGGGACCCAAUUCAGCUUCAGGACUUCCUGAACCUGACAAACAUUCAUUUCAUGGAGCUUACCACUACUAAGCGGCGGCACACAACUGUUCCUGGUAACGACAGCACUCUCAGUCGCGUGGGAAGUCCCCACUUGGGCAAGGCCGACAUCAGCCUAGAGGAUUGCGUAGCAGCUGGAUUCUGCACCGUCCCUAUGCUUGAGUUGUAUCAACAUUCUUGCCGCGAGUUGAAGUCAUACAUCUCUGAAGGACGACAAAUUAUUCGCUCGAUUGAAACAGAAACCUUUGCCGACAACCCCCCGCUUUUCCGUGAAUAUGUGACUGCACCCCCGGACAUUCGUGUUGUGAUGGACAACCAGUUUCGCAACGUGAAGACACAUGCCAGACUUUUGAGCAAGGCUAUGUGGUAUGAAUGGCGAAUGAAGCUGCUGGAAGGACUCAAAGAAGGACUCGAUCGCCACGCUGAGGAGAUGAAAGAAGACAACGCCUCACUCUCUAAACAGGAAGCUAUUCUCGAGAGUUCAGUGCCAGGUCUGGUCAACAAACGUGCCUCGUUGGACUCAGAAGCAACUAAGCUGCGAGACAUGGUGGACGAGAUGGAGAACUGCGACCCUGAUGAAUUGCGUAUGGCUAGAGAGCGGCUGGCCAAGGUCGACGCUGAAAUUGCAGCCAAGAAACAGCAGCUUGAAACAAUGCAGGAAGAUCUACAAGAUAAGCUUGAUACCAUCGAAGCAGGUACUGAGCUCAAGUCCGAAUACCUAGAGCAAAUUUACGAUGCCGAAAGAGUUAGAGAGGAGUGUCGGGGAUGGAGUGUCAAGGAAGUGAACACCCUCAAAGACUCUGUCGACUUGCUGGAGACACAAACGGGCUGGUCAGUCAUACUGGCUGCUAAUGGGCCUGACCCUGCUGGACCUGCUUUGACUUUAAGUUACAAGGACGAGCUCAAGGUCAAGCUACUUCCAAAACUAUUUACGUCCUCAGAAUCGGCGAUGGAAGUGGACGGCUUGAAGCCCGUUGAGCUUUCUUACAUGUCAGGAAAAGCUGGAACUCCUAACCAUACUAUCACUCCAGCCAAGUCACUUAUCCUGUCUUCUCUACAGACAAACAUCGCCUCCAUAACCCCAUCUCGGAAUUCGCUUAAGCACUUGUUUACGUUUAUCUCUGACGCGUGGAACUUGGCCUAUCAGCUAGAAGAAGAAAUCCGCGUCCUCAAUUUUCAAGGCGUCACCAAGGCUGUUCUACUAGAAAAAGCUGAUGUCGGCCCAGCAUUGCGCGCACGCUGUAUUCUUGUCGGUACAACUGGUGUUGAAGAAGUGCAGCAGCAGUCUCGAAUGGAUGUCGACUUUCAUAUUACGUCUCGACCCAGCCAAUACAAGGACGACGCUGGAAAAGAAGUCGAGAAGCUGGCAUUGGACACUGAUGUCACUCUCACUAAGGUCUACGGCUUCACUAAAAGCAAAAAGACGCUAUCGGAUGGGCAAAUGCGAGAUGCCAUCUUGCACCACCUUGGAAUAGCAAGCAAAGGAAAGAAAGAGUCGAAAUCGCAGCCGGCCAAGUUGGGCCAAGGACUAUGGGGGAAGUCGGUUGGAGCAUUGGUUUCGAAGGCAUAUGUGAUGCAUGUCGCCAAAGAAGAAGCAAAUGUGCUUUUGAAUUAUCUACCCCGAUAUGUAGCCAACCAUUCUAGAAGUCAACAUGUGCGGAGUCUGCAGGCCAGGCUAAAGCAAAUGGAAGACCUGCUGCGUUCCGCGGGAAUUGAUCCCGGCGACGAUGGUCUCGACGCGAGACCGGGUGAUGACAGCCAAGAUCACAGCUCGGAUGACGAAGACAAUUUCACGGGGUUCGAUGAUAAUGACGCUGGAUCGUCUCGGACUGAAAUCACCCCCUUCUCAAUCACAUCGCCGCAAUCUUCAGUUAGCGACACUAUAAAACCUCCUAGACCCCCAGCAUUCAUAGAGUCGGACACCGGCGAACCUAUCUACUAUGGCUCUUCUUCGAGCUAUUACAUUCUAUCCGGAGACGGCAUCCAGUUUAUUCGAGACAAAGCUGGUGAAGCCGACUGGCCGCGAGCCCUUCUAUCCCAACCCUGCUGGAAUACUCCACCAAACUACUGGCGAGCGGAUAUAUUUGCCGAUCUAUUCGCAUGUCAGGUUUAUAGGGCACUUCCUCCCCGAUCCGAAGUCUUCUCGUUACUGGAAACCUAUUUUAAAACAUUGAACCGCACUUUCCCCAUUUUUCACCAGGACACGUUUAUGCGCAUGGUCGAAUGGCAAUACACCCAGCAAGAUUGUACAGACGUUGGGAGAUGGGCUAGUAUCAACGCUCUCUUGGCAUUGAGCUAUCGAUACAGAUAUAAUCACGAUAAGCGGCUCGACAAAGACACAGAUAAGGCUUGGAUUUACUGGAAAAAUGCUGCUGCGGUGACAACGGAACUCUUCUUACGACGGAACGAUCUCCUGGGUGUCCAGACAUUGCUCGCCAUGGCAAUCUUUGCUCGGAUAACUGGUGGUACACGAGAGGCGCUUCCAUUGGUCACUGCAGCGAUUCAGUCUGCAGAAGCGUUAGGCUUACAUAAAAGAAAUUCUCGCCCGGAUCUCAGCCCAAUAGAGCAGGAGACGCGAAGAAGAGUUUGGUGGUGUGCAUUUUUCAUCGAUCAGAAUAUUUCCAUUCGCACUGGUUACAGUUGCAUGCAAAGCGCUGACGAGUUUGAUAUUGACUUGCCGAGCGAAGACCCUCUCCCAGGACCGCAUAGCACGUUAAAUUGGUCUACAAAAUGGUUUCGCACAACAUGUGCCCACUCUAUUGUUCGGCGCAGAAUCUACGAGGAGCUAUACACUGCUAAAGCAUUUUACAAAUCGUAUGAAGAAGUCUGCAAAACCGUUGAUUCGUUGAAUGCCGAGCUGGACGAAUGGAAAAACCAGAACCCCUAUCUUGGAUAUGAGCCACCGAAAUCAGUGGAUUUGGAUAGAGACCAGGAAAUAGAAGUGCUCGCAAAAUGCGGCCAGCUGCUCGCCUACCGUCAUUCAUUGGUCUUGGUCAACCGUAUGCCGAUUUUGCACGAAGUUGUAAUUUGGCAGCGCUUGAAACCUAACAUGGACCCUAUCAAGCUUUUGUCUACGCGUUCAAAAGUUUUCAGUAACACUACCAUCAACGCUGCUCGAGACUCCCUGAAGCUAUUGCAUGGAUUGCCAUGGCGGGAUGUCAGCUAUACUUGGUGUCUCGUGGAUUACCUUUUUGUAGCGACAUUAUUCGUUUUUGGUUAUAUUUUGCGACAGCCUUUCGAUUCGGAACAUGGAUCUAUCGAAGAGAACUUGGGGUUAUUAAACUCCGCGGCGACUUAUUUUAAAACAAUCGAACCACAAGCUGGGGCGUCUAGAACCGCCAAGUUUAUGUGUAGUAUGAGCGAUAUAAUGGAGCGAACGGCCAAGAAAGUCGUGGAAAGAGCACGGAGGCAGGCUGAAAUGGAUGCUGGGAAACAGAACGCAGCGCUGUCUGUCAAGACCGAGAAAGCCAGCGACAUGGAACUUACCAACAUUGCUGGCAUCCCUCCAGCACAGUCGUCUGGAUACUUUGUGCCUGGAGAGCUACAGAAUAAAGCCAGCAGUGCCGAACUGUUACCCGAGACCGCUGAUUUGAACAAGAUGAUACCGCAACCAGACGAUCAGUUAGAGGCGCCAUAUUCAUGGAUGUUGCCGGACAUGUUCGUAGCACCACCCAUUGCGAACCCGACACUUGGCGGCCAGCCCGCUGCAAUGCCGUAUAUGGAUAUUCCUUUUAUGGGAGAAUAUCCGGGCCAGAUGAACAUGGAUAUCACCCCCCCAGGAGAAGCACACCAUCAAGGCGGAAAUAACCCGGCGAUGAAUGGCGAGUUCUUUUAUGGAAACAUUUGGAAUAAUAUGGGGUGA